AUGGAAACAACUUCAAUGGAAUCAACUUCAAGGGAAAUAACCUCAAUGGAAACCCAACAACUUCAUUCAAGUCAGAAAGAAGCAAUGAAGAAAAUAGCUGAAUUUUCAGGGGAAGCUAAUGAACUUGAUAUCGAUGAAUGGUUAUUUGACUUAAAUAAUUUAUUUUCAUUAAUGAAAUUAAAAAAUGAAAGAAGAAUUCUUGAAACAAUGGGCAAAUUAACAGGACCAGCAUUACGGUGGUAUCAAGGAAAUUUACCAUCAUUCAUCAACUAG